AUGAAAGCUUAUCUAAAGAGCGCAGAAGGCUUUUUUGUCCUAAACAAGACUACCACCAUUGGAAGACAUGUAGAUUCAGACCUUGUUUUAGAGUCCGCCGACAUCGACAACCACCAUGCACUCAUUGAAUACAACGAGGCCGAGUGCAGCUUUGUUCUCCAGGACUUCAAUUCCCGCAACGGCACAUUUGUCAAUGAGUGCCACAUUCAGAAUGUGGCUGUGAAACUUAUACCUGGAGACAUCUUGAGGUUUGGGUCUGCAGGGCUGACCUACGAAUUGGUCAUAGAAAACCCACCCCAGGUCUCCUACCCAUGGAUGAGGGGCCCAGCACCGUGGCCAAGGGCACAGCCACCUCGGGCCCCACAGCAGCCGAACCAAUCACCCUCACCACCAUACGUCCCCUUCCACCAGGGCACCAGGCCAGUGCCCGUGCAAAGGAGCUGGUCCCAGGGGUUCCCCAGGCCCACCGUGGCGCCACCUGCCUCACACAGGCGGCCUGUGAGCACCAGCGGGAAGAUGUUCUCGUUUGUGGUGGACAGCGGCCCCAAGUCCCCCACCAUCAAGCAAGUGUGGACCAGUGGCAUGGAAAUGUCAGGACAACGAUCGGCCGAGGGAAUUCCUGGGGCAGUACCUCCCACGGAGAUUUAUGUGGACCAGAACCUGGCCCAGCAGGACAAGGAUGAAAUAAUUCUGCUUCUGGGAAACGAAGUCAGCCGUCUCUCAGAUUUUGAACUUGAAUCCAAAUACAAAGACGCCGUGAUUAUAAACCUGCAGAAUGAAGUGGCUGGACUGAAUCAGAAGCUGUCGCAGAAAACCACCCCCAGGCAGAGUGACAGGGAGAUGUCGCAGAAGUUUCAGGUUCCGGAUGAAGACAUGGAUGCCAAACAGAAAGAGAUCCAGAGCCUGAAAAGCCAGAUCAGUGCCCUACAGAAAGGCUACAGCCAGGUGCUGUGCCAGUCACUGUCUGAGCGGAACUCAGAGAUCACAUCACUCAAGAAUGAGGGCGAGAACUUAAAGAGGGACAACGCCAUCACGUCAGGGAUGGUGUCCUCUUUGCAAAAAGACAUGUUAGCAAGGAAUGAGCAAGUUCAACAACUAAAAGAGGAGGUGAAUCAGCUGAAAAGUCACAACAAAGAAAAGGAUCACCAGCUUGAAGCCCUUGGCUCCAGAUGCUCAGCGCUGAAAGAAGAGUUAAAAAAGGAAGAUGCUCAGAAGGAGCUCCGGGAAGCCCAAGAGAAAGAGUUAAAACUCUGCAAGACCCAAAUCCAAGACAUGGAGAAAGAAAUGAAGAAGCUGAGGGAGGAGCUGAGGAAGAGUUGCACUGAACAGAGCGUGAUCUCUAAGACUCUGCGAGAAAAAGGCAGGGUUGAAGAGAAGCUUCAGGAGGAUUCCAGAAAGAAAUUGCUUCAGCUGCAACAAAUGGGGAACAGAGAGAGCCUCAUUAAAAUCAAUUUGGAAAGGGCAGUAGGUCAGCUGGAGCAUUUCAGAAGUCAGGUCAUCAAGGCCACCUACGGGCGAGCGAAGCCAUCCCAGGACAAACCCAUCACCGACCAGCAGUUAAUAGAGAAAAUUGCGCAGGUGACUGAGGACAACAUCAACUUCCAGCAGAAAAAGUGGACCCUGCAGAAGGAGAGCCAGCUCAGCAAUUCCAGGCAGGAGGAGAUCGCGGGAAACAUCGAGAAGCUGAGGACGUCUUUAGAUGGCUGCCAGGCUUGCAUGAAAAUGUCCUGCUGCAGCAGCGACCUGAAGAAGGAGGUGGAGCUUCUGCAGCAGCUCCAGAUGAGCCCACCUGUUUCCGGGCUCCAGAAGGUGGCGCUGAACAUCCUGAGCCACUUGCUGUCCUGGCUGGAGGAAACAGAGCAACUCCUCCAGGACCUCGGCAUCCAGCUAUCCAGCUCUGACAAAGGGUUCUCUUUGUAUCUCAUAUAUCUUCUGGAACAUUAUAAAAAGAUUAUGAGCCAGACCCAGGAACUUCAGAUCAAGAUCAACAGUUCUCAGGAAACGCAGCAGUCUUUGCUGCAAGAAAAGCUGCAGGAGCAUCAGGCAGAGAAGGAGAAGCUGCAGGGGGAGAAGCUAGAACAAGAAGAGAAGCUGAAAGCCAGCAUCAGGCAACUGAUGGAAGAGAAGGCGGCUCUGGAGGAAAGCGUUACUCAAGAGAAAAACAGAGCAAAGGAAGCAUUAGAGGAAGAACAGAAGAGAGCCCAUGAGCUGGAGAAUCGCUUAGCCCGCCAGAAAAAGGUUCUGGAGAGCAGCAUUGCCCAUGAGAAAAGAAAAGCAAAGGAAGCCUUAGAGACAGAAAAGAGAAAAGUUCAAGAUCUGGAGAACCACUUAACCCAGCAGAAGGAGAUCUCAGAGAGCAGCCUCGCCUACGAGAAACACAAAGCCAAGGAAGCCAUAGAGAAGGAGAAGAGAAAGGUGCAGGACCUGGAGAACCUCUUAACCAAGCAGAAGGAGGAAAUAGAAUUAAAAAGGCAAAAAGAGGACGUUUUAAAUAAUAAAUUAAAUGACGCACUGGCCAUGGUAGAAGAGACUCAGAAAACAAAGACGGCUGAAAGUCUAAAAGCAGAGAGCCUCACCAUGAAAUUAAAUGAAACAUUAGCCGAACUGGAAACCGCCAAGACAAAAAUGAUCACGAUGGAGGAGCGGAUCAUGCUGCAACAGCAGGUGAUGAAGGCCCUCCAGGACGAACGGGAGUCACAGAAACACGGAUUUGAAGAAGAAAUCACGGAAUACAAGGAGCAAGUCAAACAGCACUCCCAGACGAUUGUGAGUCUGGAGGAAAGACUCCAAAAAGUGACUCAACACCAUAAGAGGAUAGAAGGAGAGAUCGCGACUUUGAAGGACAAUGACCCAGCUCAAAAGGAGGAAAUGCCGCAAGACCCUCCAGUGGCUCCUCCGUCGGAGAGCAGUGCCAAAGAGAUGGCGUGUGACCACUUGAUAGAGGACUUACUGAGUGCUCAGAAGGAAAUCCUGUCUCAGCAGGAGGUCAUCAUGAGGUUAAGGAAAGACCUUACCGAAGCCCACAGCCACAUGUCAGAUUUGAGAGGGGAGCUUAAUGAGAAGCAGAAGAUAGAAUUGGAGCAGAACAUGGCGCUGGUCCAGCAACAGAGCAGAGAGCUGAGUGUGCUCAAGGAGAAGAUGGCACAAACGAGCGGACUGAUAGAAAAGAAGGACAGGGAGCUGAAGGUCCUCAAGGAGGCCCUCAGAGCUUCCCAAGAGAAACACAAACUUCAGCUGAAUGUAGAGAAGGAACAGAAGCCCAGGAAUAAGACCCAGAUGUGUGACAUCUCAGUGCAGAUAGAACCAAUCCACACUGAUACUUUCUCCAGCAGCCAAGAGGAGCAAUCCUUCAGCGACCUGGGGGCCAAGUGCAAGGGGUCCCGACAUGAGGAGGUCAUCCAGCGUCAGAAAAAGGCGCUGUCUGAACUUCGAGCACGAAUUAAAGAACUCGAGAAGGCCUGCUCGACAAAUCAUAAGGACCACCUGACUGAAUCAUUUCUCAGAAUGGAAAAAAAUGUCCAGAAAAUGUUAUUGGACGCAAAACCUGAUUUGCCAUCUCAUUCAAGAAUAGAGAUCCGAGCGCCACAGAAAAGUCUUUCCAACUCAGGGUCCAGCCCAGCCAUGGAAAAGGUGGGGACCCUGGAUGUGGCUGAGGCUUUAGAUCUCAGUGAAAAGCUGUACAUCGACCUGAGUAAGACGCUCGGAAGUCUGAUGAACAUCAAGGACAUGUCAGGCCUUGUGUCCAUGAAGUACCUCUCCCCCAAAGAGAGGGAGAGAGUCAACCAGCUUCGACAAAGGGACCUCAAUCUGGUGUUUGAUAAGAUCACGCAACUCAAGAACCGGCUGGAGAGAAAAGAGGAGCUUUUGAGAGGAUACGAAAAAGACAUUGAGCAGCUCAGGCAGAGCAAAGUGUCCGUUCAGAUGUACCAGUCACAGGUGGCCAAGCUGGAGGACAACAUCUACAAAGAAACCGAAGAGAAGGCCCUGCUGAAGGAGGCGCUGGAGCGCACGGAGCAGCAGCUGUACCAGGAGAAGAGGAUCAACAGAGCCAUCCGGCAGCAGCAGGAACGUUUAGAGGAUCACGAGCAGAGAAACACAAAAGGAUCAACCCCUUGCAACUGUUCCUUCAAAGAGAAAGAGAGGCAGAGACGAGUGUUUGUAGAGAUGGUGAAGAACAAGAUGCAGAACUCAAAUUCCCAGAUGCCAGCAGCUUCAGCCACGAUUAAGUCUAAGCCGGGGUUCCUGCUCACCGGACCCACCCUCUUCAUCCGCCUGCAACCCUCAGAGAACGCUAGUGUUUUGCAUAGAGUCGUCUCCAUAGCAACCGACAGGGUGUCACAGACACAGGAUUACGACUUCACGGCGUGGGGAUUCCGGAAAUGGGGUUGGGGGCAGCAACCCCCCUGA